ACCUGACCAUGUGUGUAGACCUAAUAUCUCCCAGCUAGAAAAUGUCUACUUCUACUAAUUACCUCUCCUUUGCAUUCUCUCUUCUUCUUCUCCUCUUCACAUUCAAUCCUCUUUGCAACGUUUUGGGUGUCGGAGUAAACUACGGCACCGUCGGAAACAACCUUCCGCCUCCGAAGAGGGUGGCUCAGCUCCUCCAAUCCACCAUCAUCGACAAGGUCAAAAUAUACGACACCAACCCGGACAUCCUCGAAGCCUUCGCCAACACCGGCAUCGACCUCAUCGUUGCCGUAGAAAACAACCAUGUCGCCAACAUUAGCGCCGCCCCUUCCGCCGCCGACCAGUGGUUCGCCGCCCGCAUCUCCCCCUUCAUCCCCGCCACCUCCAUCGUCGCCAUCGUGGUCGGAAACGAGUACUUAACCGCCGACGACGAUGAUGAUAAGCUAGACCACAACGCGCUAGUCCAAGCCAUGCAGAACUUGCAUGCCGUUUUGCUGGCACGCGGACUAGACCGGAAAAUCAAGAUUUCUACGCCGCAUAGCAUGGCCGUCCUGGCGUCCUCUUUUCCCCCGUCCUCCUCCACCUUCGCCGCCACGCUCCUCCCUACCAUGACGGCGAUCGUCGGCUUCCUAGCCGACACCGGCGCUCCCUUCAUGAUCAACGCGUACCCCUACUUCGCCUACCGGGACAAUCCCGGCAUGGUAAAUCUAGACUACGCGUUGCUGGGUAACGCAACCGGAGUGCAUGACCCUAAAGGCGGCAUUUACACAAACAUGUUGGACGCACAGAUAGACGCAGUGAGAUCCGCCAUAGCCGCGCUAGGGUUCGGCAACCGGACGGUGGAGAUCACGGUGUCGGAGUCCGGCUGGCCGUCGAAGGGCGACGCCGGAGACGCCGCCGCCACGGCGAGCAACGCCAGGACGUACAACAGCCGGCUGAUUCACCGCGCGCAGUCCAGCACCGGCACCCCCAUGAGGCCAAAAGACCCCGUGGAGAUCUUCGUGUUCGCGCUGUUCAACGAAAACAAGAAGCCGGGAGGGGCGAGCGAGAGGAACUUCGGGAUGUUCGACGGCGACGGUGCUAAGGCUUACGACGUGGAUUUGAGCUGCGAAUUCUGCAGCGGCGGCGAGAGCAACAAGAUGGGGUUUGGGGGGGAAAUGGGGCGGCCGGGAAUGAUGGCCAGAGGGCCGUCGGUGUGGUGUGUGGCGAAACCGCACGCGGAGGAGAAGGUGAUACAAGAGGUGUUGGAUUUUUGCUGCGGGGGUGGGGGAGUUGAUUGCAGGGAGAUAUAUGAGAAUGGGGAUUGUUACUAUCCUGAUAAGAUUCACGCGCAUGCAUCCUACGCCAUGAAUGCAUAUUACCAGAUGCAUGGCAGGAACUACUGGAACUGUGAUUUCAAAGCCACCGGCAUUGUCACCUUCAGCGAUCCAAGCUAUGGGAAAUGCAGAUAUCCACAACAAUGAGGAGGGGAACUAGCUAGAAAUGCAUUCAAGUGAUGAAUGGAAAAAGACAAUCAGAUGAACAGCUGGAAAGGGUAAUGAGUAGAAAGAUGAAAAUGGCAUCCAGCUUUUGUGUAACCUUUUUUUCAACUUUUUUUCCCUGGAUCAGUGAAUAUCCAUGAUUGAUGUUUGUCUGAGUGAAUUUAGGUUCCUAAUCAUACCAUUUGGAAAAAGACAAUUUGAGCAUCUGGAACUGGGCAUGCUACAUGUGGAGAAAGUGUUCACUCCUGUCUCCUUAAUUGAAGACUUUGUUGCCAUUUCUACACAGUGCAUUUAUAUGGAUAGCUUAUGUUAAAUUAUUGUUUUUCAUGGUUA